ACUUGAGAAUUGUCAUUUCUGGUGUGAGAGAAUUAGCCAUCUGAAAGGGCGUUGCCCAGGGAUGCUCGGAUGUUUGAUGUUUGCUCAGUUUCAACUUUUUCUUGCAGAUUACACAGCAAAUGGAAGGUGUCCUCAUACUAGAUUACAUAAAGUCAUCCAGAAGAUGGGACUGCUCACCUAUGCCAGCCUCUGCCUUUUUGGCCUUCUGCUCUCCAGUCCUUUUCCAGGAGCUGUGGCUGCUUCCUGUGCCAGAGACUGGAUGCAAAAUCAAGGGAACUGUUAUGCGUAUUUUGACUUCAAGUUGACAUGGGCAGAAGCUGAGAUUGAAUGCCAGAGCUAUGGCCGUGGGGCCCAUCUAGCCUCUGUUCUUACCGCGGCAGAGACAGCUUUAAUCGCUAACUACAUCUCCACUUACCAAAAAGUGAAGGGCAAUGUCUGGAUCGGACUGCAUGAUCCCCGUCAGAACCGGAGGUGGAGGUGGACUGAUGAGUCAGUCUACAACUACAAGUCAUGGAGGAAUGGCCAACCAGAUGGUUACGCCAAUUCGGAGUACUGUGUAGAACUCGUUUGUUACACAGCUUUUAAGCAAUGGAAUGACGCCAAUUGCAAGACUACUAACACCUUCAUCUGCAAAUAUGAGCUGUAGAGCUACCAUAACCCUGAGCUGUGAUUGCCGGAUGAAACUGGAUUAGAUGGAUAUCUCUUUGAUGAUCAUUUUCUACUUUUCCUGAUCUGGUACUCUAAGAUACCAUCUUAUUCCCUUCAAAAUACUGUCUCUGAAAGGUUCCAGUUUGGGUUGGCUUCUUUUUCUCACCCUUGUUAAUGGCAGCAUCACAAUGUGAAGUUAAUAAACUAUUGUUUAUGCAUAUA